AUGCACGCCACAUUCUCCGCCGCCCACAACCCCUCGUCAUCCCCGCCCCGGAACACCACCAUCACUCCUCUCCGCCAGUCUUCCUCGCAGACAUGCCGUCCGUCAACCUCUUCCCUGCCCAGAUCCCACAAACGGGUCAAGUCUACUCGCCAAAGCCUCGGCAGCAGGGCAAAGCGCGAAGCUUCGAUACCAAUGCUUUCACAACAGUUGUCUACAUUCUCCCUCCGCCAAGACGUAUUGUCUGAAAUGCUGGCUCAAGAAACACCUCCAACCAUCACUUCGCCAUUCAAGUAUGCCUCCCACACCACUUCGGCCUCUUCUCUAACUACACCAUAUACUUCGACGUUCAAGCAUCACCCAUCCGCCGAGCAUAUGCCACAAAAGUCCAAGUCGGCUGGGCCCAAGUUUGUGACACAGAUAUCAAAGGGCCGUCAUAUCGAAGACAUAUCUCCUAUUCGUCCAACGACCGAAGACCAUCUGGCCGACUGGGACGUAUCCCAUCCAAGCUCUGACGAACCUGACCUAGAAUGGCUGCAAAGCGGGGAAUGGCUGCCCCCACUCCAAUCAAAGGAGAAUAACAUGCAAGGUUGCCUUCAGGGAUCCUUACAGCACUGUAGAGACAGAGAUUGCUCCGUGUCUUCUAUGGAGUUCAGUGGAAGCGACAGUAGUUCGGUUUCCCUUUUGUCUCUGGCUAGAAACUCUCUGGAGCAACAAACUAGACCGAACAUCGUGCAAUGGGAUGAAAAUCCGGCAGAACUAGAUGGAGAACAAGCAGGACAUUCGAGCUUUGAUGCACAGUCAGGAUCAAGUGCAUUGCACUUGCCCAUCAAGCUCAAUACCUCACCAUCCAUAUCACCUUUCAUUACCAGCGACUGCCACAAAUCUCCCAACGAUAUUCCUUCUGGUUCUUUUGACAGCCAAGCCGAUUUCCACAUGGACUCCCCAUCUGUCUUCAGCACCCGCUCUUCCCAACACGCUCGUUCAGACUCGCGCUCUACAAUAUUGCCCCGAUUGCUGUUAUCGAAGAAGAGCACAGCAACGCUCAGAGAACAAAAUGAAAGAUCCAAAGCUCUCGGUCAUAUGGAAGACGAAGAAAUGAUGUCGGAUGUUGAGGAUAUCCCUUCGCCAAAGAGCCCUUCCCGUCCCAGGAGCUUUUGGGAUCGAGCGAAGUUUAAGGCAUCGCGCAACCCUUUUGACGGCAAUGGCUUCGGGGCAACAUUUGGGCUUGGCAUAGAGCUAGGACCUCGCCGUAUACCAUCAGACGAAAAUCACAAUGAGGACAAUGGGCUUUCGGUGUCCAUAGCUAGUGAUUCAAGCGGUGACGCAGAUCUAUCACCUUCCCGAUCAUUAUUGGCCAAUCGACGUUCAACGGGCACUUUUGCGCACGAUUCUGCAAAGGAGAAUGCUUCCGAGACCGCUCCCCGUCUGGAAGUACCUACACGACCAACACUGCCCCGUCGCAUGCCCACAGUCGGUUCCAUACUUCAACGAAUACCACGGACAAGCUCCCCAGCUAUCCCUACCUUGAAUAGCCUUCGUGGCAAAGGACGACCACCAAUGCGAAGAGGCACAACAGAGCCCACUGAAAAGCCCAAACCCACCCUACUAAUGGCUGAAGCGGCUUUGAACACUCCCCACGCUUUGCCAUUUGCCGACGUUAAACCUUCUCCCAGUGUCUUCGCCUCUGCGGGUUUGGUGAAAAAGAAGUCACGCUUUUCCGGUGUGGAAAUCCCCAAGUUUGGCAGUGAGCCACUGGUGAAUGUCAAGAGGAAGCAAUCUGCCGCGCAAUAUGGUAUGCAGCCUGGCCUUGGAUCAAUGCAACCCCCCAGCCCUGUAUCGCCCAUCCAAUCUAUGUCCGCUCCGUCGAUACCAUUGAAGGGCCCUGCUUUUGCCGCAGCAGGAUCGAGCAAUGCCCACUUUACCCAACAAGCUCAAAAGACAAGAGGAUUAAGGAAGAAGAGGAGUUUAAUGUUCAAAGCUGGAAGCUCCAUCAGUAGUAUGGAAAUGAUUAGAGGGAACAGUCGCGGUUCGAUUACUGGAGUAUCGUUGUCUCCCGUAACUCCGACGAAACAUGACGGUGCUGCCAAGGGCUACCGGCUAACAACCCCAUCACCAAUACGGGCGCCUGUCGUUUACCCCUUCGCUUCGUCUAACCCUGUGGACCUCGACCUCUUCUCUACUCCUCCCUCCAAUCGGCUCAAUCGGCCAAGCGCACUUGAUGCCCCCGUUGCCGAGCGAUAUCGAUCAAUGCUUGCUGGAAGUCCUAGUGCCACAAUGGAUGCUCAACGUAAACCAGUAAUCCGAGCUUCCAAUCCCAUGCUGGCCGCGAGCUUUAAGAGUGCUGCUCAAAUAACUACACCAGCUAGAGGCCACACGUCUCAGGAGCUAUCUAUGUUUACCGGUAGGCCAAAACUGGGUAGUGAGGGUAUCACAAGGCUUGAAACAGAUUUCGCGCUCGUGGAGAAUCUUGGUAGUGGCGCAUUCUCUCAGGUGUGGAAGGUUCGUGAGAAGAAAACCGGCAAAGUCUUUGCCGUUAAAGCAGGUAAACCUUACACCGGUGCCAAGAACCGUCUUCGACAGCUUGAAGAGAUUGCCAUUCUACGAGAGCUCUCUCUCGACCCGCACCCGAAUGUCGUCCAAUACAUCGAUUCUUGGGAAUCUCACUCUCGCCUGUAUAUUCUCACCACCCUGGUUGAUUGCGGUGACCUUUCCAGCUUCCUUUCUCUUCUAAGCGACCACGGCGGCAUCCGCGAGGCUCGUGUGUGGAAAUCCCUUGUAGAACUCGCCGAAGGUAUCGACCACAUCCAUAAACACCACUUCCUCCAUCUUGACGUCAAACCAUCUAACAUUUUGAUUAACAGCGCUGGUGGACUAGUCGUCGCAGAUUUGGGUAUGGCCGUCGUUUGCGGCGACGGUCCUGACGGUCAUAUGCUCGGGGGUAUGAGCCCUGCGUUACCUGAAAGGGACGAGAAAGGAGGGUUCGUGUGGGAUCAAGUGGAGACGCCUAUGGACAACGGAAAGAAGAGUUUGGCCAUGGUGCCAAGUCCUAUCAUGGAUCGAGAGGUCGAAGGAGACAGGGAAUAUCUUUGUCCCGAAGCCUUGAGUGAAGCUGAGAUGAUAGGGAAGGGCGCAGAUGUGUUCAGCUUGGGUAUUUUGUUGUUGGAAGCGGCUCUCAAUGUUGUGCUACCUAGCAACGGGGACGCUUGGGUGCAACUUCGCAAUGAUGAUUUCUCUGAUCUUAAUGGAAUUUACAUUCCCCGUCCACAUUCCGCAUCAUCUCCUAAUCGUAAUCCUCCUCCUGACGAUCCCAACAUGCCAAUCCUGUCUGAUGACAUUUUGACUGUCAUCAAGGGUAUGAUGCGAUGCAACCCCGACCGACGAUGGAGUCUUGGUGAUGUUUGGAGGCAUCCGGUUGUCAAAAGGGUGAGAGCUUCCGAACGGGGAAAAGCUUUAGUAGAGGAAAGUGAUGAAUGGUUGAAAAGGGUACUUGGAGAAGAAUUGUAAGAUAAGAAAAGCAGAAGAAGCAAAGGCGUCGAAAAGAAUAUAGCGUAGAUCAAAAGAGAAAUCAUUGUUUUCAAAGUAGACUGUAUCAUAAUUUGCAUGCCAUCGACGAUGGCCUUAUCUUAUAAAUAAGUCGAAUGCAC